GCCCGGGAGGCGGGUCUUAGGUCCAGGUGCGUACAGCGGCUAAGUCGUCGCGGCCUCAAUUUCCAGGCCUGGGGAAGAGGACCCCGGGCACGGGCGUGGAGAGAGGGGCGGUGGAAAGGCAGGAAGAGUGGGCCUGCCCAUCGCCGGCUCAGAAAGUGCUUACUGCGGGUUCUUGGAAAUCUCGGAGUACGGGACCUCGGUCCGUGGGCGGGGUCCUUGGAGGGGACCCCAGAGUCCCGUCCCGGGCAUUGGCUUUCUGGCCGUGAACUCUGCCAGUAGACCCUGAUUGGUUAGAGACACUCCUUCAAACCCCCUAGGAAGCCUCCUCCCUGGGCGGGGCAUCUCUUGUCACCUCCGGAUUCCCUUGUCCCUAAGGGCUUAUGGCCCUGGCGGCCGCCUCGACGGCACCUCUGUCGGAAGAAGGAGAAGUGACCUCCGGCCUCCAGGCUCUGGCCGUGGAGGAUACCGGAGGCCCCUCUGCCUCCGCCAGCAAGGCUGAGGACGAGGGGGAGGAAGGCCGGGAGGAGGCCGAACGGGGGGGAUGUGGGGCAGAGGAGGUGCCAGGAGAAGCCCCGAGCGCUGCUGGGGAGGAGGCAGCGGAGGGAGAAGCCGAGGACUGGUGCGUGCCCUGCAGCGACGAUGAGGUGGAGAUGCCAGCGGAUGGGCAGGCCUGGAUGCCCCCGCCCUCUGAAAUCCAGCGGCUCUAUGAACUGCUGGCUGCCCAUGGCACCUUGGAGCUACAAGCCGAGAUCCUGCCCCGUCGGCCACCCACUCCCGAGGCCCAGAGCGAAGAGGAGAGAUCAGAUGAAGAGCCGGAAGCUAAAGAGGAAGAGGAGGAAAAACCACACAUGCCCACGGAAUUUGACUUUGAUGAUGAACCGAUGAUACCCAAGGACGCCCUGAUUGACCGGAGACGCACGCCAGGGAGUUCAGCCCGCAGCCAGAAGCGGGAGGCCCGCCUGGACAAGGUCCUCUCAGACAUGAAGCGACACAAGAAGCUAGAGGAACAGAUCCUUCGCACUGGGAGGGACCUCUUCAGCCUGGACUCGGAGGACCCCAGCCCUGCCAGCCCCCCAGUUCGGGCCUCGGCCAGCAGCCUCUUCCCCCGGCAGCGGAAAUACUGACUGCUGACCACUGGAGCCUAGAUGAUCCCGCGGGGAGUGGGGUGCCGGGAAGGCCCACACAGCUCCUUGCAGAAGAGAGGGCAUGUGCUGUUUUGUUGUUGAACAUGGACUCUAGGGGCCUGAGUUAAAAUAAAAGAUGCAGUGCUCCUGUCUCCUUGAGACAGCUGAAGCGGAGAGGCCACAUGGAAAAUUAAAGCCAGAUGGAGCUGAAGCUAACCGAGCACCCGCCAUUCAGCCUGCCCUCUGACCCAGCAAGGUGGUCUCCUUGAGCUGGUUGAGGCAGAAGGUCCCCAGCUCAGCUUGGCCGCGAGGUUCAGUGUGUGGGCUGCUGGGCCGAGAAGGCCUUUGGGCUUUAAGUCAGGCCCCGCCCUGGGCCCGCCCCCGGCGGCCGGGAAGUGAUCCCUGGGGUUGGGCAAGGGAGUUUCCCGGACCAAGGCUGGCCCCGUGUGGCGUGUAUAGUAGACAGGAACACAGCACUGUGAAGUGAGUACAGGGUCCUGGCCCCGAAGACCCCGGCGUAUUGGUGAGUCUGUGUCCCCUUGAGGCAGGCUUCCUGGGUCCUGCUUCUGCUGUGGCAGGUGUAAAGGGGAAGAGAGGUGGGUGUGCGCUCUGCUUUCUGUGCUGGCGUUCUGUGGCUUUUACAGCAACAGUAGAUGAAGUGAUAGAUGGCUGCCUCGCAGCCCCGGGGCCGCUCUCCCUUGCGGGGCAUCCACUCCAACUCCCAGCCAGGCUGGUGCUUGCCUACUCUCCCACCUGCUCCACCCAGGGACCGCAACUCAGGUCUGUCCUCUUGGGCACUUCCUCAGAGCCCUCAGCUCUGCCAGAAGCUGUACCUGUUGCCAGGCUGUGCCUGCUGUGGGCCUUGGUAUUCGCAGAAGUCACUCAGAGUGAACUUGAGUUUGCCCGACAUGGUUCAUCUCUGGGGCGGUGGGGGUAGAAUUGAGGGGAGGGAGUCUUGAAAAAAUAGGAAGCUGGGGUGGGCGUUUGGCGUGGCUGUUUCAAGCCACAGGUUUUGAUGCCUGCAUGUCAUACCUGAAUGUUUUGUCGUCGGAUCCUGGCCCUACUCCUAAGGCCGGCUUUCUGCUGGUAAUGCUGUCACCUUGGGCCUUUGCGGGCGUUUAGGGAGUGGCCCAGUGGGUCGGUGUACACUCUGUUUCUCUCUGUCUUUGCCUCUCAAAUAAAUAAAAGGAACAAUG